AUGGCUUUGAAUGGUCUUGGGGCUCCGCCUGUCCUGUCCACACCAGAUACCCAUAUCUUGAACGAGACGGUGCCUGUCACCGGCCCUGCCGACACACGAGUCUCAGAUGGGGACCUCUACACAAGAUAUGAGAUUCAGCGGACUUUAGAGGAGAUCCGAAAUCAUUCGUGGCGCAAAGUGGCCCUUCAGUUUCCAGAUGAGAUGCUCGUUGACUCGGCUCGAGUCUUUGAGCUCUUGACACGUGGCAUUCGUGGAUUCCCACGCGGUAGCGAGGAGUCCCAUGACAAGCGAGAAGAGACGAUCACUCCUUGCGAACAACUGUCUAACCACACUUCUCAGCUGGAACUUGAUGACGCGGAGAUUCCAGUAAAGCUGAGCAUCCUGGCCGACACGUCUUAUGGCUCUUGUUGUGUCGAUGAAAUUGCUGCUGAGCAUGUCGAUGCUGAUACUGUCGUACAUUAUGGCAGAGCUUGUCUGUCACCUAUUGCUCGACUUCCAGUGACGCAUAUAUUUACUCGUCAAAGCCUGGAUUGUGAGCAGGUUGUGAAUUCUUUCAAAGAUGCAUUUUCAGACAAACGAAUGAAGAUCGUGCUGACUGCUGAUAUGCCCUACGAUCAUCAUGUUCAAGUCAUCUACCAGAAAAUUAUCGAAGAGGGGUACGAAGGAGUAUUUGCGGCUGAGAUCAUACACGCUCCAGCUUCUCCUAUACCAAAUCGCACAGUGCCACAGGAGGUCCGCGAAAACCCAGAGAAAUUAAAGGACUGGCGAUUGUUCCACAUUUCUGAGCCGCCAACGUCGCUUUUGCUUACACUGGCUUCUAGACUCGCUGAAAUACGUAUUUACCCCAAAGGAAGCAAGACCCGCAACCAGUCAAUGACAAUGUCACCUGCUGUAAACAAUUCACUUCUUCUCCGUCGACGUUAUGCGCUGGUCACUUCCUUGGCAACGGUCUCCAUUUGGGGCAUCCUGAUCAACACCCUGAGCGUGAAAAACUACCUUCAUAUCCUCGACCUUGUCAAAUCUCAGAUUGCGGCAGCCGGAAAGAAAAGCUACAUGUUUGUGGUUGGGAAGUUGAAUGCUGCCAAGUUAGCAAACUUCAGUGAGAUUGGUGGAUGGGUUGUGAUCGGAUGCUGGGAAAGCUCUUUGGUGGACAGCAAGGAUUUCUACAAGCCUGUGCUUACACCUUUCGAGCUUGAGCUUGCUCUAAGACGAGAUGAGGAUAGGGUCUGGAAUGGAGAGUGGAGUGCCGACUUUCAACGCAUUCUCGAUGCUCGUUCAGCCAAGGUUGAUCGAGCUAGUGAGAAGCCGUUCGAUGAGUCCGAUGGAUCGGACGGUGAUUACGACUCGGAGCAAGAAUCAGCCCCUCCUGAGUUUGAUCUGCGAACAGGCAGAUAUGUUUCGCAGACACGGCCAAUGCAGGCUGCGUCGAGGGUUACUACUGAGUCAUCUAAAAGCAAUGACUCGCCUCACUCAUCCGCGCUCACAAGGCGUGCCAAUGGCGAUGUUGUUGCCGUCAACGGCGUCGCUUCCCCAGCAGCACAAUUCCUCCAGUCAAGAAGAACAUGGCAGGGUCUUGGUAGUGAUUUCGAGAUCGGAUAUGAACAAGAGGACACCGAGGGCAGUGCCAUACAAGAAGGGCGAAGUGGUAUUGCACGUGGUUAUGCUGUGGGAACUCAAGGCUCCAGGACGUGA